CAGAUACUCCUAUACACAUUUCCAAUAUAACACUCAACGGAACCAAUUGAAUGAAUGGAAUAUACUUUGAGGUUUAAGUUCAAUAUGAUCAAUGUUUGGGCCGUAAAGAUAUUUGAAUUAAGAUUAAAUAUAAGUUCUCGUGUAGAAAUUUAGCAGUACCACGUUCUUUAAAUUACAUGACAUUGGGAAAUGGUUAAAAGACUUUUGUUUUCGCUCCAUUAGCAAAAGCUGGAUUUAUAAUUUUCAAACUUAACUUAUUCUCUGGGCAAUAUGUAUUAGGAUAUACAGUUUUGGUUAUGGAACGCUGAGUUUUAUCUCUUUAUGUUCGAUUAAUAAGCAAUUUUUUUUCUAAGUGUUUAGUUUUGUAAGUGAAAAGUGUCAACAUUGCAUUUUUUUUUUUUCUUCAAAGAUCGGAAGUAUUCAGUGAUACAUAUGUGAAAUUUAUGUGUAGAAUAAAAGGAUUAGGUUUAUUCCAUUGAGAUUGGUUCUCGGGUGUAAUUAGAUAUUUAUCUAUUGAUAAAAGGAAUUAUAUACUGCCCUACAUUGUAUUUAAGUUGUUACGAGUUCGAAAUAUAUUAACAACUUUAGGGUCAAUCUUGAAGCCUGAAUUUACAUGUCUUCCAAACGAGAAAUCAAAGACCUUCAGCAACUUCUUGGUUACAUCAAACUUACUGUCAGUCAGAAACAGCUCCCAUCAAUAAAACAAGAAAAGAAAAAUGGAUCACUUGAAUGUAGUCAGUGGCCUUCACCUCCUCAAAGGUCAGGAGGUCAAACAUUGUCAGCAGAAGAUACAGCUUUACAACAAUUCAGUUCAAAGUACCAUGCUGUACGGAACUUUAGUCAGCAUAUACAUCAUGCAAAGUUCCUGGAGGUAUUCUCCGCCUUGAUUGAAUAUAGGCUAUGUAACAGUGAUUGGAUGAUGUCGGCGGCUCCAGAGAGUAUCCUUCGCAUGUUGAUGUGUCUACGUAUUCUCAUGCGAGACUCCGCCUACCAGAAACAUUUUUUCGCACAGGGCGGAGUCAAGCAGUUGUCAGAAUAUUUCAACAAGGCGACAGAUAGUUACCUGUAUUAUGGUGACACUCCCUGUAUGGUGGAUAUUCUUAAAGAAAUGACCAAUAUAUUCCAGAAAUUGUCCUCGGUAAUAGAGCAGCAGGAAUGGUUGAUUGCUUGUGGUGCUCACACGUCUCUGGUGUUACUGCUCUCAUCCAAUGAUGUUAUAGUGUUACACUGCUCCCUCCUGGCUCUCAUCUGUUUAGCUCAAAGUCCACAACCGAGGUUGAAGAUCGGCGAUUUGAAUUGUGUGGAACAACUGCUUCGCAUCAUCCAGGAGUAUGAUAAUGUGUCCAAAAAACAUGCCACUCGUCUUCUAUGCUUGCUAUGUCAAGAUAUGCACACACGAGACGAGAUCAAACUGCAUGACGGUGUUCCUAUACUGCUCAGUCAGCUUGUGUCAGACAAUGCUAACAUGUUAUGUCAGGUGGUCUGGUGUAUUGCGACAUUAUGUGUUGACCAGGAAAUCAGUAAAGAUGUAAGACAAGUAGGGGGAAUACCACUACUGUUGUCAUUACUACAUGAGCGAACAUUUGUUUCUGAAAGAAAUGAAGCAAGUGGAUGUGCUAGUGCCAGUAUUCAUAGCAGGACCUUAACACAGGAUGAUGUGUUUGAUUUUUCUGCACAAACAAACAAAGCCCCUAAGACAAAGGCUGAAGAAUUUAUGGAAACACAGUACAAGCUGAAACAAGCAUGUUGUGGGGCACUAGCAGAACUUGUCCUCAACGACACCAACGCCCAACAGAUUGCCCAGACUAACGGAAUAUAUACAAUUGGUUUGCUGAUACUUCCUUCAUGUUCUGACUGUGGGUCUCGGGAACGUAAAGCUGCACAGUUAUUGCAGCGUUUCGCCUUUCGUACUUUGAGAUUCUUAUUCAGUAUGGAGAGAAAUAGACGUCUGUUUAAAAAAUUAUUCCCGGCGGAGUUAUACACUAUGUUUAUUGACAUUGGUCACUAUAAUCGUGAAUUAUCGGCCUAUAAACCAUUAGUGCAACAUAUUAAUAGUUUGAAUAUGGAUGUUAUUGAUUCCAUACGUGAGAACAUGAUGGAAAUGAAUCAGAACAGGACGCCCACGCAUUAUAUCAAAGAUUAUGCAGUAUUUGAACAUUUAGGCCGUGGGGCUUUCGGAAGUGUUUACAAAGUGAGAAAAAAAGUUGGUCAGACUUUUGUGGCAUUAAAAGAGAUUGAUUUAAUGAACCCAGCAUUUGGAAAGAGUGUGGAUAGAGACAAAAGUGUUGGUGACAUGAUAAAUGAACUUCAAAUUAUGAGGGCAGGAAUACGUCAUCCAAAUAUUGUACGCUAUCAUAAAACAUUCCUAGAAGGCAAUACUUUGUUUAUUAUCAUGGACCUUAUAGAGGGGGCGCCACUAAAUGAACAUUUUAAUUCCUUGAAGGAGAAACGAGAUACCUUCUCAGAAUCUAGAAUAUGGAAUAUUCUUAUACAGAUGAUUCUUGCAUUGAGAUAUUUGCAUAAAGACAAGGGAAUUGUACACAGGGAUCUGACUCCCAAUAAUAUCAUGCUGGGAGAGAACGAUAAAGUCACCAUCACUGAUUUUGGACUUGCCAAAGUUAAAGGAACAGAUACCAGCAAAAUGACUUCUGUAUGUGGAACUAUCCUUUAUUCAUGUCCUGAGAUGGUAGAAGGUCAUCCUUACGGAGAGAAAGCAGAUAUUUGGGCACUAGGUUGUAUUCUGUAUCAGAUGUGUGUCCUGGACCCACCUUUCUUCAACACCAAUAUGCUUACUCUAGUCAAAAAUAUUGUUGAAGGAAAGUACAAGCCUGUGCCAGAUGGAUUAUAUUCUCAAAGACUUGUAGAUACUAUCAAAAGUUGUAUUUGUCCGUCUGCUGACAAGCGACCAGAUGCUGUACAGUUGGCCGGGGAAAUGUCUGACAUGAUUCUACGUCACAUGGAUUCCCUCCAGACGUCACAACUCACCCUUGAACGUAAACUAGACAGAGAGAGAAAAAGAACGCAAAAGCACUUUGAGGAAGCCAAUCGAAACAUGCAGAAGUAUCAUAAAAUUUGUCACAUAACCCAGGAGCGUUAUGAGAAACUCGCUAACCUCGGUGGCAGCGGUGGGGCGUCUGGAUUUAAAGAUGGUAAUAUGAAUGAUAGUGCCUACGAUUCACAGAUUUCUCCGUUAGUAAACAGUCCUGAAGAUACAGAGCCAGGUGGUUGGUCGUCUGAUGAUGAUUCAUGCCCCAGUAGUGAGUAUGAGAGUCAGAGUCGUGAAAGUAGUGCGGGCAGUACGCGCAGCGGAAGUCAUGGUCUGAGACGUAACAAGACCAUGUCACAGUUACCUCCAGUACCAACACCUAGAAAUAGAGAUAACUAUUCCCAACAACUCACUGUGGAUAUACCUAAUAGUUCAAAAAUCAGCAGAGACUCAGGUUUUGGUUCCGGUGACCCCAGUCCGGUUCAAGGAUAUUCACCAAGUCUGUCCAACGGAGAACACCAUAAAGAAUUUUUCCGUUCAAAUAGCUCCCCGGCACCAAAAGGACAAACAAAGAAAUCGAAGACUAGUAAGCGACCUAAAAGUGCAAAUACUUCUACAUUGACAAUAUCAAAUCGUCGUGUACGUCAAAUCAGUGACCCUAUUACCCAGAUGUUACAUACGCUACACAAAAUCAUAUACAUAUCUCAGCUCCCUCCAACACUUGACCCGAACCCCAGGCGAAGAGUCAUUGAGAGGUUUAAAAGGGCUCUUUUUGGACCACAGAGUUCAUCAUUUAAUUUAAAGGGAGAACUACAUAAGUUGAAUACUGGAUCAAGAGAGAUAAUUGACUUGAACUUUGGACCAAUAGGUGAGAGACUGAAUUCAGCAGGUUCUGACUUGAGUCUCGGUUCUAAAAGUCGCAGGGGCUCAUCAUCUAGUCUCAGUUCUGCUGAUGGUGGUCAGAUAAACACUUCUCAAAGAAACACUAAAUCUACAAGGGAGAGAGCCGAUUCUUUGCGGAGACGGCAAAAUUCAUCUGAUCGGCAAAGAGUAAGUUCCGCAGGAUCGGAUUCCGACUCCUCGAUGAGUUCAACUCUGAAAGCCACGACGCCAAGAACAUUAACUCUGGAUUUGUGUGUUACACAUCUGGAUCACGAUGACAGUAUUACAUAUGAACAAUUACAGUCUAUGAUUGAGACUGUGCUGGUAGAAUGUGGGUACUACAGCGUGUCCCCACAGGGACGUGAAAAAACUCCACCACAAGGAAGUUUCAUUUCAGAAUCUGUAAGAAGUCGCUUAAUGGCAUCAUCACAUUUAACUUAGCUAUAGGCACAAUGCCUCUUACAUUUAUUUAUGUGACUCAUUCCAUAACUACAUUCCAAUCAAAACAACAUCUGUGGUUAUGUGAUAGAAAAUGAUUUUUCUAAAAAAUCUUAAAUGACUUAAAAUGAAGAUUUUAUAGCUUAAAAACAGUUAAAAAAACUGUUGUUUAUGUGUA